UAGUUCGUAACAUCAACAUCACACACCUCCAGUUCUAUUGGUGUCUGUGUCAUACGUAGACGUAGUGUUGGUUCCAUAGCCAGCAGCCAGCGGAGUAGUUCCUACUCGUGAUCGUGAACAGUGGCAGCAAAGCAAACGCCAUUUUCUGCGUGCUAUCGCGGGUUCAUAACCCAUUGCGCCGGAUCACGGAUUACACUACGAACUACGACUACGACUACGAACACUACACUCCUCUAGGAAGACCACACUAAAAGUUCUGUUAAGUUGUACUGCUGGUGCUGGUGCUGCAGCAUAAUCUCCAGCGACGUGUGUAAAAGAUUCUAGUAUCCCGAUAUGUUGUGUUGCAAUUUAUAAUUGUUGGUUUUACAUCGUGAGUUUAUUGUUUCAAUACUGUUUUAAUAAUAGUGCACGUAGUGAAUUCAAUAAUACAGUUUACCAUAAUUAUAUUUUCAUAUAUUUAUAUAAAUAUUUGUGAUAUCAGGAUAGAACGAGGGCGAUGCCCGGACACGCGACUGGGGGUGCGUCAGCGGAUAUGGUAAUAAGAGAGCGGUGAGUGGACUUGAUAGAGAAAUAAAAAGAGCGAGUCCUAUUGGGGAAAGAUGCCGCUCCCCAAGAGGUUGGUGGAGCCGGUCCACGUUGCCCGCGGGACUAUUCCUGAAGCUUUUCCUUUGCCAUCGGAGCUGGAAGCCGCGACAAAUGGGACUCUGGCCAAUACUAUUAGACAGCUGUCAAGCUUAUCGCGACAUGCUGAGGACCUGUUCGGGGAGCUGGCACGUGAAGCUCAUACAUUAAGCGAUCGAGCCAACUCUCUGCAAGCGAGAAUAGAUAGACUCGCGGUUAAAGUUACCCAGCUGGACAGUAAUGUUGAGGAAGUUUCACUACAAGAUAUUCAUAUGAGAAAGGCAUUCAAGAGCUCGGUUGUAUUCGACCAGCAAGUCGUUUCACGUGAUACUAUGCCCACGGCAAUGCGUGAGACUUAUCAAGCAUGUGAUACUCCUCCGCCAUUAGAUAAACUCAAUGUUUACAGAGAGGACGGCAAAGACGGAUUAAAAUUUUAUACUGAUCCGAAUUAUUUCUUCGAUUUAUGGAGUCAGGAAAUGCUCAAAGACACGGAGAAGAAAAUACACGACAGAGGAAAGAAGCCCCAUAGGCCUCGGAACGAUGGAGGCAAUGCCGGGGGAGGAGGAAGACACAAGAAACGUGUAAGACAACCUCACAACACGAGGGAGAGACAACGACAGCUUGCUGUUGGACAUGGGGAAUAUAUUAUGCCGACACAGGGUGUUCAGUACCGAACACCGCAUAAUAUUCCAGAUGAAUCACUUCUGGGUAUGGUGAUGACCGAUCCACGACCUCCAAGACCAAAUAGUAUUGAGCUUAGGCGAAGUUAUCCACAGGAUGAGCAACAUCUGUACAGUCCUCCUACGACGGAUCAUUAUAGGGCGGCAAAUUAUAUGGCUCAAGGUUACGACGAUGGGAGUUUAUACAGUUCUCAUUAUGCACCUGGACAAGGACAGAUUGGUAGUGAGACGUACCAAAGUCCUGGACCAGGUACUCCGAGUCGUGGUGGCAGAUCGAGGCCAUCGCAACCGCCUCCGGCGCCACCGAGUAACGCCUCGAGCAAUUCAACUCCAACAGUGGCGUCAGCAAAUAACACACCGACUCGUGGAAGGUCUAUGAGCACCGGAAGAGAUACACUACCACCCCCGCCACCGCCUCCUGGUGAAGUGAUGUCGCCACCGCCUAUAAACGGCACGAUACCGGCGCACCUGCUAAAUAGAAAUGGUAGCCGCUCAAACAGUCCAUUACCGAGUCAUCAAUCAACACCGACUCCGCCAAAUCAUACCCUACCCGUGGGAAUCGAUGAGCCGGAUCCUGCGCCUCAGGAUUUGCCACCGCCUCCGCCUACUCCUGAUCCAGCGCCAUCACGGCCGAUAUCACCGCCUUGCAACAUUCCACCGCCACCUCCUCCGCCACCGCCACCUCCCGUUCUUAAUGGACCCAUGACAUGCGUACCAAUUAGCAACGGUGACAUUGCUAAGAUAAUUGCCAAUAAUCCACCCAAAUUAAAGCCACUCAAGAGUAUAGUUGACGGACAAUUGAGGAAACCACAAAACCCAAAUAUCCCGAUCGUUGAUCCACGAAAUGAUUUACUCAAAGCUAUUCGUGACGGAAUUAAGUUACGCAAGGUAGAAAAGAUAGAGCAGAAGGAAGUGGAGCGCGUAAAUGCUUUGAACGACGUGGCGUCAAUAUUAGCUAGACGAGUUGCUGUUGAAUUCAGCGAUAGUGAUUCUGCAUCAGAAAGCGAGUGCGACAGUGAAGGAUGGGGUGAACAAGACUCGAGUAUCGCGUGACCCGUGUCAUUUCCACCCACUGCAUCUGCCUCUUAGAGUGAACCAGUCGAUUUAAUAAUAAAUAAUGAUAUUCUUUUGUCUACGUUUAACCAUCAAGAUAUAAAUAUAUAUACAUAUAAAUAAAUGUA